CAGUUCAGUUCAUCUGUCAACCUCAGCGGAAGUAACAGGGCUGUCAAAAAUAGCAGAAAUUGUCCGAUCGGAUUGUUCUGGUUAUUUUAAAUUUUGUUGUUUAAUUUAGUCGGCUGCUGUCGUGCUGUGUCGUAAAAUUGUAAUUUACUUUUAGCCAUGGUGCCAGGUUUGUAAGUUUCUGUGAAUUUUAGUGCGUGUGUGUCAAAAAACUAUAAAAAUGGUUCAAAAUUAUACAUCCCCCGUCAGGGUCUACAAAUAUCCAUUUGAACUUGUUAUGAAGGCGUAUGAGAGGAGGUUCCCAACAUGCAAGUUGAUCCCUGUAGUCCUGGCUUGUGAGAUCACUGAAGACAAGACAUCGCCCGACGGAGCCAUCAGAGUCACUGAGCGUCGGUGUAAGCUCAACGUGGACGCUCCUUUCCUCAUCAAGAAGAUCAUUGGAGUGGACCAUGUUUUUUUCAUCCAAAAGAACGAGUUAAAUCUGAAGACUCGUACAUUGAUCAUUGAAGCUUACAAUGAGAGCUUCUCUAACAGAGUUGAAGUUCUGGAGAAAUGUCGAUACUUUGUCCAUCCUGAAAACCCAGACUGGACCUGUUUUGAGCAGAAUGCCAGCGUAGACAUCAAGUUCUUCUUUGGUUUUGAGCAUAACAUAGAGAAGCUGGCCAUGAAGCAGUAUGGUGACAACAUUGCACGUGGUAAAGAGAUCAUCGAACAUUUCAUGGACGAGCUGCGUAAAGAAGGCAUCACAGAAGUGGCGCGAUGGACCGGCCCUGAGGAGACAUUACCCUCAGAAUCCCCAGAAUCAAGUGUAGAACCUCAAACCAACGGAGGGGCCAAAUCUGAAAACUCUCUGAUGACAAAUGGUGCUGGAGAUCUGGCUACUUCAGUGGAGAAAAUGUCACUUUGCUCUCAACCAAACAGACGAAACUCUGGCCAACAAAGUUCUGUGGAAUGCCAGUACCAGCUGGACGCUGACUACAUACAGAGGUACCUGGGUGAGUUGACUCCGAUGCAAGAGUCUCGACUGAUACAACUACGCAACUGGGUUUCUCAGUUGCAGAAGGGAAAGGUGCCAAGUGACACAAUGUUGUUGCGUUUUCUGCGAGCCCGGGACUUCAAUGUGGAGAAAGCCCGAGGCAUGUUGUCAGAGUCAUUGACUUGGCGCAAGAAACACGCAGUUGACCGCAUCAUCGCAGAGUACCAGGCUCCUCAGGUAGUCAAGGACUACUUCCCUGGCGGCUGGCACCAUAGUGACAAGGAUGGCCAACCUCUUUAUUUGCUGCGGCUGGGUCAGAUGGAUGUUAAGGGAUUGCUCAAAGCUAUCGGUGAAGACGGACUACUUAAACUGACACUGCAUGUAUGUGAGGAAGGCCUCAAGUUGACUGAUGAGGCCACCAGAGUGAGAGGUCGUCCAAUCUCUACCUGGUGUCUGUUGGUAGACCUGGAGGGUCUCAACAUGAGGCAUCUCUGGCGACCAGGCAUCAGGGCUCUACUGAGGAUCAUAGAGAUCGUGGAGGCCAACUACCCAGAGACUCUAGGCCGUGUUCUGAUCACUAGAGCUCCCAGGGUCUUCCCCAUCUUGUGGACGUUGGUCAGCACGUUCAUAGAUGACACAACUCGCAGCAAGUUCCUGUUUUAUGGAGGUAAUGACUACCAGGGUCCUGGGGGACUCAGUAACUACAUUCCGGAGGAAAACAUUCCAGAAUUCCUGGGAGGACAGUGCAAGACAAAGGUGAUGGAGGGAGGGUUGGUGCCUAAGAAUCUCUACUUGACGGAGGGGGAGCUAGAGAAGGAGGGAGGUCACAUGACGGAUGACACAAUCUACAGCUCCGUCAGCCUGGGCAAGGGACAGGUACACGAGGUGUUGGUCUGUGUAGAGGACCCUGGCUGUGUCAUUACUUGGGACUUUGAUGUGAUGAGACAAGACGUCACCUUCAGUGUGUUGCGGACUGAGAAACCUCUACCCAAGGAUCUUAGCCCAGGCAGUCAAGAUGGAGAGACCCGGUCAGUAAUAGACAAGUCGUGGGUGGAGGGAGAGGAUUGGUCACGUGUGGAGCCGCUAGUCACGUGUCAUGAUGGAGAGAGUAUCCAAGGAUCACACGUAACUGCAGGCAAAGGCACGUACGUGCUGCAGUGGCAGUGGCGAUGUAACGGAGACAGCACUGCAACACACAGAGCACGAGUCAUGUACUUCCACGAGGUGCUGAGCAGCGCUGACUACAGAGGGUCAAUGUCGAGCCUCCAGUCUGGCAACAGCCUCAGCAACUCUUGUCCGUCCAGAUGAUGGUUCCAGGACGCAGAGCCGUCCGCCUGAACAGAUAGAUAAAUUAUUUAUGUGUAUAUAUAUUUUACUAAUAAGAAAGAGAAGGCUCAAGCGUACGCGUCAUCGAAUGUUCUAAAUAUAACGUCCUCGAAGGAUUAAUGUUGAAUUUUGGUGUUGAAAUUUUAUAUGUCGUAGUUCAAAGUUAUUUAAUGUUAGGAUUCAAUCAAACGUAGUGUAGGAAAUAUGCAGUGUGAACAUGUUUGUUUUAUAGAUUUCCCAGUUUGUACAAUAUAUUACUGCUUGGUUGGUUUGAGAAAUUUUAAAGUACAACUAUAUGAAGAAAUCAAAUAGAUGGCUUUUUAUAUCAAUGUAUGUACAGUAUUUUUUAUUGUUUUAAUGAGAUUAAUUAUGGUGUCCAAAUGAGGUGAGUAAAAUGGUAUGAGCUGUGUGCAAACUGCAAACUUUUAUACUAGUUGAAUUUUAAUUAUUUGGAGGUGAGCUUUUUACAUAUAUUAAAUUUUAUAAUAACAUUCUUAUAUACAGAAUCUAUAUUGGUUUAUUUUUAGCUUUUUAUAAACAAAAUAUUAGCUGUAGGUUUGCAUAAUACACUUUAGUGGAAAAUAUGUGAUUUGUAAAACAAUUUCUGACAUUAGUUGAGACACAUUAAUUUUCAACUGUAAAAAUUUCUAUAGUAACAUAAACAUUUCAAAGGGUCACUUCUAUAAAACUCAACACAUACUAUCCAUACUAUUUUUUAAGUUUAUUCUGUCAGAUAACUAAAUAACUUUCUAAAGUUGAACAAUAGAUGCACAGUCACUUAAAUACAUGACAGUUAUACGGGGCCUAACUACUAUGGGGGUUUUGCAUCAACCCCAGUUUUAAGAAGGUGUUAUUAUACUUAAAUAAAAUCUUCUAUUUUGACAACACGGUAGAGCCUAAAUAGGUGAUAACAAAUUUCAUUCUGCAAUCAUUGUUUUCCUGGUAAUAAUAAUUCUACUAUUGGAUUUAAUAAAAAUUAUCAUACACACAUGUAUAUUUUCACAUAACAAUUGCAAAAAUAAAUGAGUGGGGUUAAUCUCCCUGCAUUUUUCUUCCAGAGUUAACCAUUGGUUGUGAUAUAUUGCAGCAACAUCUUAUAUACUUAUACUAUUCAGGUAUUGUGGUAAUACUGUAUCUAUCAGUGUGAUGUGCUUAUGAAGUGGAUCAAAUGUUGCUGAUGUUUAACCAUUGUGCAGUUGGAAUAAAUAGUUAGUGUUCUGGAUGCGUCAUAAGAAACACUUGCUUUUGAUUUUGGUUGAGUGAGCCAUCCUGUGUAAUUGGUGGAACAACCUACUUCGUCGCACCACACAAGUCAGAUGUUUUUAUAAGUUACUAAAAACUCUUCCUGUCAUACCAUGCUUAAUUCGACUGGCGGAUAGACUUUUUUCAACUGCACCUUCAAACUUUAAACAUCUAUUUACUCUUAAUUUGUCAUAAAAAAUAUUCCUGCAAUUCAUUCAUUUAAUGCUGUGCAGUUUUCGAGAUCUGAAGGUUAAACCUAAAUUACUAAUCUUGAGUUUUUUUAUAUUAUUAUUUCAAUUCGAGUAAUUUUAAGGUAGUAUAAAAACAUAGAAAACCCUGUGUAACACUACCAAAACACAACUUGCAUAUUUUAAAGCCAGAAGCUUAAUUAAGUAUCUUACAGUAAUGCCAUUUUUUUAUUCUCUGAAAAGUUUUAAUUAGGCUAACUCCAUCUUAAUUCAAUAAUCAAUCAAAUCAGCUUAACAUUGUAGAAAGACUAUCAGUAAAAACUCCCUAGCAUUUAAAAUAAGUAUGAAUGUAUCAAACUCAAAUUUAAAAAAGAAAUAUUUUUUAACCAUUGUAAUUUUUUUCGUAUAAACAUACUUUCAGCAACAUUUGUCCCUACGUUUGAAUUAAUAAAGUUGAAUAGUAGUAUAUACAUGUCUGCCCGUAUGUUAAAUAAUACUGUAAGUAAUAUAUUUUUUUAAGUUUUUAUCAAAACAUUGAUUUUAGAUCUUGUACAUAUUUAUAGUUAUUUUACAUGAUUUCAAAGAUUUUAUAAUUAUUUUAGCUUUUGUGAUAUUUUAAAAGUUUUAUCCAUAGCUUUAUUUUUGUUUGCCAGCCUUUUUAUUAGUGCUUAGUGUUAAGAGAUUAGUAAAUAGUUCUAUUUUUAUUUUUAAGAAGCAAAUGAAGAAGUUUUGUUUGUUUGUAUAGGACAUGUAAUUAUUACUGAUCCAACUCAUUAUUGAGAGAACUGAGCAUACAUUUGUCAAUGGAGAGAGAUGCAUUUUUUGCCCAAUAAUUAUCAUCACAUAUUUGAAAUUACACUUCUUCCUCUUACUUUAAUUUAAACAUGUUAUAUACACAAUUUUGUUUAAACUAAUCCUCAUUCAUAAAAGUUUUUGUAAAAAAGGUUAACAAAUUAAUAAAAAUACUCUAUUGACAUGUUUUUUACUACCUGAUCAUUGAAAAUCAUAAAACAAAACAUCUCAUUUUGUCUUUAAUUCAAUCAAAAUGUUUACUAUGGUGGAUUUUAGUUUGUCAAUGAAGAAUGCAUAGGUACAUUUGCUGAAUUGUGAAAUAUGUUCAUUAAUUAUUAUGGUAAUGAUUCCAUUGCAAUAUAUAUUAAUUACUAAUCCUUAUACUUUACUGUUUUUCAAGGUGAAAUGUUCUAAUAUUAACAAUAUAAUACACUUGACUAUGGAUGUCAAUGAUAAUAUAAUAUCUAAGCAAAAUCUACAAUAGCAAGUCCAAAUGGACACAGGUAGUGUUGUUCUUCAUAAGCUUCAUCGUAACAGGGUAGAUUAUAGUUACUCUAUUAAACUUUGAUAUUUUUUGUUUGUGCAGCAUCACUUAGAACUGUGAAUAAAGUAUGUAUUAUAUACAUA